AUGUCUGAAUCAAAAGUCCAUGUGGAAUUAACUACUGCAUAUACAGAGAAUAAACAAAAAGUUGUUACAUUAAAUAUAUAUAAUAUGAAAAAGCUCAAACAAUUGCUACAUACAUUUUCGUUACAUCAAGCUCAACAAUGGAUUUUUGCACUAACGGGUGUAAUAUCAGAGCCUGACCAAGGAAGUGAAUAUGUCAUAUGUACCCCAACUAUGCCAUCCACUCACAUUCCACCUCCGAAAUUGAUUCCCAUUCCACCGCAAGGACGAACCAAAACUGUUCUAUAUGAACCGACAAGUUCUGAUAGGUUAGUGAACACAAUUGAUUUUCAACAACCUGAAAAUAUUUACGUAUGUCAGUACGACAAUAGAAAAAAAUCAGAACAUGAAUUAGAAUUUAAUGUUGGAGAUUUAAUCUAUAUUGUCAAUACGAAUGGAAAAAACUAUAACGUUGGUUAUAAACACGAUGAUAGACUUCGAAAAAUGGGACUUGUUUACAAAGGAUAUAUCCAACCAGCAUAUAGGAAAGGAUAA